UGGUCAUUUUCCAAACUCCUUUUGAUGCAAGAAAGAUAUUUUAUAUCUUUACCUCUCCCUACUACCCACCUCUCAAACCCCUCUUCUUCCUCGAAGCAGAGAGGAUCCCGUGACCUUCAUGGGACCCUAGUACCCAACUACCCACUUGCAAUAGCGCAGUUGUCUUCUACUUUUCCAGACUUACAUCUUCCUUGUUGGUUGCUUUUCAAUCUUGCCUUUCGAUUUUGUCUUCCUGUUCUGACUUUUGGGAAUCAAGGAUUCUACUUUCCCCUCAGAGGCCGUUAUCAGUUGGAGGUUUCUUUCUAGGUGCUUGAGUUGGGUAGCGGAGUCUUAUUAGUCCCUCAUGGCCAGGGAAAAAUUGCAAGUGCUUAAUGCACUUGAUAUAGCGAAGACACAAUGGUACCACUUCACAGCAAUCGUGAUUGCUGGCAUGGGUUUCUUUACCGAUGCUUACGAUCUCUUCUGCAUCUCAUUGGUCACCAAAUUACUUGGCCGGAUAUAUUACACCGACACCAAUUCCUCAAAGCCAGGAACAUUACCCCCUAAUGUAGCAGCUGCUGUCAAUGGUGUUGCGUUCUGUGGCACACUUGCUGGCCAGCUCUUCUUUGGCUGGUUGGGUGACAAGAUGGGUCGCAAGCGUGUCUAUGGUAUGACCCUCAUGCUCAUGGUCAUCUGCUCUAUUGCUUCAGGUCUAUCCUUUGGCCAUACUGCAACUGGUGUCAUAGCCACACUCUGUUUCUUCAGAUUCUGGCUUGGUUUUGGCAUUGGUGGUGAUUACCCACUCUCUGCAACUAUUAUGUCUGAGUAUGCCAACAAGAAAACUCGUGGUGCAUUCAUUGCUGCUGUGUUUGCAAUGCAAGGAUUUGGAAUUCUAGCUGGUGGGAUGGUUGCAAUUAUUGUAUCAGCUUCUUUCAAGGCCGGGUACCCUGCCCCAUCUUACGAACAAGACCAUGUUACCUCAACAGUUCCUCAGGCUGACUUUGUGUGGAGAAUUAUUUUGAUGUUUGGUGCAUUACCAGCUCUGCUUACUUACUACUGGCGUAUGAAAAUGCCUGAGACUGCUCGUUACACUGCUCUUGUUGCUAAGAACGCUAAACAAGCUGCAUCAGACAUGGCAAGGGUUCUGCAGGUAGAAAUUGAAGCUGAACAGGAGAAGAUUGAAGAUUUGGCAGAGAGGGAUAGCUCUUUUGGUUUGUUCUCUAAGGAGUUUCUGCGUCGCCAUGGGUUUCACUUGCUUGGAACCACUACCACAUGGUUCUUCUUGGACAUUGCUUUUUACAGUCAAAAUUUGUUCCAGAAGGAUAUCUUCUCUGCUAUUGGGUGGAUUCCAAGUGCAAGCACCAUGAGUGCACUUGAAGAGGUAUACAAAAUUGCGAGGGCACAAACGCUUAUUGCCCUCUGCAGUACUGUCCCUGGGUACUGGUUCACUGUAGCUUUGAUCGAUGUCAUUGGGCGGUUCGCAAUCCAAUUGAUGGGCUUCUUCUUCAUGACAGUCUUCAUGUUUGCUCUGGCCAUUCCCUAUCACCACUGGACGUUGUCAGAGAACCGAAUUGGGUUCGUGAUCAUGUAUUCCCUGACCUUCUUCUUCGCAAAUUUUGGGCCUAAUGCUACCACAUUCGUCGUACCAGCAGAGAUUUUCCCAGCCAGACUCAGAUCAACAUGCCAUGGUAUCUCAGCAGCAUCUGGGAAGGCAGGGGCAAUUGUUGGAGCAUUUGGGUUCCUGUACGCAGCACAAAGCCAGGACCCGAAGGAGACAGAUGCAGGGUACCCACCAGGCAUUGGAGUCAAGAAUUCACUAAUCGUGCUGGGUGUGAUUAACUUCCUUGGCAUGGUUUUUACCUUUUUAGUACCUGAAUCAAAAGGUAGAUCACUAGAGGAAAUGUCAGGUGAGAAUGAUGAAGAUGAAACUGGGACCAGUGGAGAAGGUGGGACUAGUGCAGAUUAUAGCAGGGCAGUCCCAGUGUAAUUAGUAGAUGGGAUUUAGCAGUUUUUUCCUUUUCUGAGAUAUUAAGGAUGGAGAUUGGAAUGUCCCUUUGUCUGUGUGGAACCACAAAGGGAGCUCUCAUGUUUCUCUCCUAUUCAGUUGCUUUGCCAUCUUAGUCCAGUCCGAGGAGGGUUGAGUUUCUCUGUUUUUUUGCGAAGACUAGAGACUACUAUGAUGCAAUCAUUAGUGAAAACUUUCAUUUUGAUCUC